CUGGCUUAUCCUUUGCUUCCUCUCUUUUCUACAGGCAUGUUUGGAUUCUGGGUUUUUCUAUGUGAUCAAUCAUGGAAUCAGCCAGGAAUUUAUGGAUGAGGUUUUUUACCAAAGCAAAAGUUUUUUUGAUCUACCAGUAAGUGAGAAAAUGAAGGUUCUUAGAAACAAGAAACAUCGAGGUUACACUUCCCUUUUCAAUGAACGUUUGGAUCCUGUCAAUCAAAUACAUGGAUAUUAUAAGGAGGGAUAUUACAUUCGAAUAGAAGUACCUGAAAACGAUCCUGACAUAGAAAAGCUAUUAUACGGACCAAAUGUCUGGCCCCCUUCUGAUAUCUUGCCUGGAUGGAGGGAAACUAUGGAGAAAUAUCAUAGAGAGGCGCUUGAGGUGGCAAAAGCAAUUUCAAGGAUCAUAGCUCUUGCACUUAACCUCGAGGUUGACUUUUUUGAUAGACAAGAAAUGCUUGGGAAGCCUAUUGCAACCUUGCGUCUGCUACACUAUGAAGGUAGAGUUUUUGAUUCGAUGAAGUGGGAAUUUGUAGCACCAUUAAAAGGAGCAUUUGUAGUGAAUCUUGGUGACAUGCUAGAGCGCUGGAGCAACUGUAUUUUCAGGUCCACGUUGCAUCGAGUGCUGGGUAAUGGUCAUGAGAGAUAUUCUGUAAGGCCCCUUUAGAAGCUUUUGAAUGUUCUCUAAUUGCAUAGCCUACAAGGGAUGUUGAUAAUGAAAAGUUUGCCUUCUUAUGCAAUAUUAUCGUCUAACAUACACAAUGGCCCUUUUUGUUUUUUUGCUUUCAUUUUAUUCGAUUUAUUUAUAUUUAUUUAUUAUUAUUAUUUUUUCAUUGAGCAGAUUGCAUAUUUUGUGGACCUAGUCACGA